AUGGCAACCAUGCUCAAAUCACUCAGCUUCUUGGUCAUUCUUUUGAUGCUAAACUCCCUAUGCUUGAUGGAGACAGAAGCCCGUCCCUUCAAAAUCAUGAAGGCAAGAAACUCUGCUGCUAGCAGAGCUAUUGAGAGUUUCUUUGAUGGGCUAUCACUCGGAGAGAUCAAGCAAUCAGGCCCAAGUCCCGGCGUUGGACACGGGCAUACCAACAGUCAGACACUUGGAGGAAUUAAGCAGGGUCCUAGCCCUUGCUGUGGAAACAAGUAUACCACCGGCGCCCAUCAUUGA